AUGGCCAUCCAACCGGGUCGUCACCGAAGCGAAACCGCCUCGACCAGCUCAACGCUUGACUCGUGUGGACCGCCAAGAUCGAGAGCUUCGACGAAUCGACGAUACUUGCAUCAUCGACGAAUCCUCGAGACACAAGAGCGCUCACUCGAUUUGGAGAAAGCACGAGAGUUACUGAACACAGAUAUUGAUGAGCUUUUUCGGAAGGGCUUCCCCUCAAUCGCCCACUUUGUCAACGAGCUUCAAGAGGCGAUUCUCAAAACAAUCGCCGAUCAGCUAGAUGACCCGGAUUUUUUUGAACUCCUUUGCAAACAAGUCCUCCUCCUACUCCGAAGCGACUCCGAAUCAGUCCGGGCUGCCGUUUUUCAAAUUCUUCGCGUCUCCACAUUUCAACAACGAAAUCUCGUCUUCAUGUUGACAAGUCAUGUCGAUAUUUAUGCUGUCAGAGCUCUCGACAUUGUCUCCGAGAAAACAACGGAAAGAGAAGCGGCAUUUCAACUUUUAGCGCAUAUGCUAAGAAUUUACAGGGAAAGUGCCCAGUUGAAACAACUUGUGAUGGAGGCGAGAAAUGAUCCGACCAAAACUCAAUACGCUUUCCCGAAAUCGAUUAUGCAACCAGUAGUGGCGAUUGCGUUGCGACAACUGAGUCGAGUUGAUGAACAACCACAAAAUGAGAAUGAUCCCCUAAGUCUUCCCUGUAUCUCCCUUUUCCUCGAGUUGGCUGUUUCGGAGAGUCAACUCAUUCUGGAGAUGGCGGGCACGGAUUGGAUUGUCGCCGCGUUGACUGGCACCUCAUCGGUCUCCUCGACGCUGGCCACUCUCAUCUCCCGGGUGCUCGUGCUUUGGUUGGACGAUCCAGUGAUGAGAUCCAUCGCCAAUCUGCAUCUAGUCAUCCAACAAAUCUUUGCCCCACUCGUCGAGUACGGUUUUUUUCAAACCUCAAACAUUGAAAGCCAAGACCAUCGUCCUCUUGAGUUGCCGCUCGACAAAUACUCGGCCUCAUUCUUGGCCAUCAUGCGCUCAUGGGCGGGAAUCUUUGCGUGUGGCUCGGUGGAUAGUACUGGGCAAGUGAUGAACGGGAGUCCGUUGAGACUGCUCGAUUACCUCGGAAUGGGCGUGAUUGUGGGCGAGAAUUUGCUGAAAAUUCGCGACAUGGUCGUCGACAUUGCGUGCGAAUUCGUCGAUCGCCCAUACGCGCACACAAAGUUCAACUCAUGGAAAGAAGCGCUCACGUUUUAUGCUAAACAAGACAUCUCAAACGUUUCUCGAGGUCUCCUCUCGGAUGAGUUCAUCUUAAGCGAAUUUGACGCAAUGCAAUACACGAAAUCGGAUCACAACGAUCAUAUGGAUUUCUUGAUCGCUUUCCGCGCGAUGGCCGCCUUUUCAUUGAUCAGCGCCGGGCUGGCACAGUCUUUGGCUCGACUAAUCGUCGCUCAUCCUGAUGAUCCAUCGGCUUUGAAAGCGACUCUACUUCUGUCAGAUGUUUCGUGGAUUAGCUCAUCUUUUGUACCGAUUGAAUGGAGAAAUGUCGUCCUCUCACUCCCGACUUUAGUCCAAUCGGCGGCGGAAACGAUUGCAAAGAAUAGCGCUCCCGCCAACAAUGAUCCGUUCGACAUUGCCUCCAGUGAGACAACGUUUCUCAACGCUGGAAACGCAAUGCUAGUCUUGUACCGAAUGGACGAGUUGACGAAAAUUCGGCUCUCAUUUGAUGGCCGUUUAUCGCCUACCUCAAACUAUUCCCUCUUUGUCGCCUCGGAUAAACAAGCGGAUAAAACGAAUGGUUGUGACAUGAGUCAACUCUCGAUGACUGUCGGCGAAGCACUAAACGGAAAUCUCCAAUGGAAAGCGGCCAUUGUCGCCCUAUCAACAGCUCUUCGUGAGCCGCAAAAAGCGACGAAAACGUGUGGAGAGAAGUUGCUGUUGUUAGUACAAAAGAUCUUCAACUGGAUGAGCCCAUUGGAGCCGCGUUUCAAGAGCAACGAUAGGGAUGCGACUCUGGCUGCAAAAAGGGCAAUCCGAUACGCUUGCCAUUUCUCGAGUGAUGAAUAUUAUCGGGAUAUGUUGAUGGGAUUUGCUGGCAGAUGUUUCCAAGAGCUUACAGAGGAUCGCCUCUCAUUUGGUUGCUUUUCGACGAAACAAAUGGUCACCUCCGGAUCGGCGUUCUACUUUGCGCUACUCGGCGAAAUGAGCAAACAUCCAGCUGGCUUAGAGGCGCUCAACACAUCCGGAAUCAUGCUGAGG